UAUCAAGCUCAUUCAUUAAGCACCAUGCAAAACGGCAAUCUUCCAGUCAUGUUUGGCUGAAAUGAGAAAAUUUUUCCCUCGGUUUCAAAAACUACCUCAGGAGCUGCAGGAUGUGAUUUGCGACUUCGCAUCGCUUCCCUGCCAGCUCCGGCAUAUUCUACUCAAAGAGCCACAAGCAACACGGGCACCUCGUAUACCCCGACUCGAACCGCCCGGCGGCUUCCACGUCUGCUCUAUAUCAUGCCAAGAAGCGAUAAAGAGUGGUAUCUUUUUGAUACUGCCCACACGGUUUCUAGAAAGGGAGACUCCUCUGAAAGAUGAUGGACUGCCAUUCAUGAAGCAGCUUCGCACUGACAAGUGUUUAGUUCCACGGCUCCGCAGGAAAUAUCUCAUCAUGGCUCAUUUUCAACCAUGCUGUCACAAAGCCGCUGAGUUGAUUUCGCACAUCGGCCAACUUCUACGACUGGUCCAUGUGCAAAGUAUAUUACCCCACGGCGGACUUCUCCGUAAAAGUGAAAAGGGGCCAGGACAUGACAUGAUGAUGCACAAUCUGAGGCUCUUGAACAGCGGUUAGUCAGCAGGGCCGAACUCGGUUAUGUCAAAACGGGCACAUCAGGCUCAUGUCAAGUUUUAUUUGUCGAUGGCAGGAGGUUUGCCUGAGGAGGAGGCCGCCAAGGCACGGGUGGAAGAUUGCGAUCAAGACUUUGAGGGUGUAUCAGACUUUGUUCCAGUCGUGUUGCUAGAACCGGUGCUGAAACCGCUGCCGGAAACACCAUCACGACUCUGGUGCUGGGUCCAGAAGAAAACUGCUGGGUGGUAUAUAACGAUAUCACGACGACUUUCGUCCUGAGGGUUGCGCUGGCUCUCAUCCUCACCAAC